AUGGUGUUUAUCAAUGGUUUCAGUUUCACGGAGGCGACACUCGUCAAACGCUCGCUCGAGAGCUUUUUUGGCAUCGGCCCCAAGGUGUCGCAGAAGAUCAUGGCUAAAUUCCACAUCCACCCUUGGGCCAAGGUUGGCGCGUUGAAGAACGCAACCGUCAUGGACCUCACAGCCGAAUUAUCGACAAUGAAGAUCGAAAACGACGCGCGGCGAGAAGUACAGGACAACAUACGCAGAUUGAAGGAUAUGGGCACAUACAGAGGAAGGCGGCACGCUAUGGGUCUGCCUGUACGAGGACAGAGGACAAGAACACAGAUCAACACUGCAAGAAGGUUGAACAAGGUCGAGCGAGGAGGCUCGGGGCGGGUACAGAUGUAA